UGUCAUGUGCCGAACCGCGAAAUGCAGAUAACUUCAAACUGACAUUUGUCAAUCAACAUGGCGCUUCAAAGUCCUAUUGCUGGAUUAAAAACCAUAACUGGUUACAUUUUACCAGAACGACAAGCUGUCCAACCAAACAAGGACGAAGGUUCAGAAUCUGAACGUGAAGAUGAAGAGGAGGAAGGACAGCCUGAAUUUCUGGACAUGAAGGAGAUGAACUCUGUGUCAUCUGGAGGAAACAUGUUCAAAUCUUUAAUGCCAACAUCAAAAGAAGUGUCUAUACUGGUUGGUAAAAAGACAUACAAGGUCGAGGGCCGUUUCCCCCUCUGUGACCCUUGGUGGGAAGUUACCUGUACAAUUCGCCUAGGCCGAGUCAAGGCAUUUGUUAGAGGCUACCCUUUCUACAGACUCCGCACUGAUCUGAGAUCAGAGGGUCGGUCACUUGUGUCUCUUUUUCUCACCGCAUGCAAGGCACAAGCUGAUCAUGUUAAAAUGUUUAUGGACUGGUUGCCCAAUGACAGAAACGUGGAGCUUGUGAAUGUGCUGGACGCUCUGCAGGAUUUUGAAGAUUCCUCGCUUGAGCAUGAAGCUGUGGCUCAACAGCUCAAGUCAAGUGUCAGUUGCUCAGUUGUUUGGACACAUGUGAAAGCUGCAAGCUUGUACCCUGGAAUCAUGAAAUAUCUGCCAACGUUGCUGCCAGGCCAGUAUCUGGACAUAAUAAAAAGAGGAAGCUUGGAAGAUAUUCCAGAAACUUCAGAAACUGAUGAUGACGCUCAAAACGAGCAGAAGAAGUCAAAUGUGUUGUCUAAACUUGAGGAGCUAUUAAAUACUAAUAAUGUGUGGAAGCUGGGCUUCAAUUAUAUCAUGCUUAAGGAAUUGCAUCUGAUCAGGUGUGAAGCAAAGCUUGAGGCCUUCAAGCUGUGCGAUUUAUUUUCGACUAUCCCGCUUCUGCAGCGUAACGCGUUGAUUUUAUAUGCAGAACUGAAGAGACACUGCAGAGCUACUGGAAGCACAUACAUAACUCAGGAGAUGCUUGUGAAGAAAAUAUUUUCUGAAACAAGAGAGGAAGGUGCCUGGGCAGCUCUGCACUUCCUUGUGACACAGGGGGUGCUGAUGAAGGAGAGCUCCAAGGUUGCACUUCGAAACCUGCUGAAGUACGAGAAAGGCAUUGCGGAAUGUUUGAGGGGCCUUGUUCAAGGAGACUCUUGGAAAAUCCACCUGGAUGUCAAGGAGGUUCUCCGCAAAGCUCAGAUAAAAAGAUUAAGAGCGAAGGCUUGUGAAAAACACAAUGUAACUAUGAAAUCAAAGGAUGAUGCAAACACAUCUGCCUCCGCUGCAGAAAAUACCACAGCUGUGUUUGAGCAGUUAAGCAUUGAUUUAGACCAACCUGGUACUUCAAGCAUGGUCCACAAUGGAGAAACACCAUCAUGUGAUGAUUCUGAAAAUACAAAGCUCACUAUUAAAGAAGAAGAUCUCACUUCAGACUCAGAUUUGGACAUCGAUCCCAGUACGAUAGAGUUGGAUUGCGAUCAAGUGCGGGCAGCAGAAAUUAUGUGUGCCAAUCCGGUGACCGUGAUCAGUGGGAAAGGGGGUUGUGGGAAAACCACAGUGGUCAGCCUGGUGUUUAAGGCGGCCAUGGAGCAGCAGACAAGCGACUUGGAGGAGGUGCAGAACGCCUGUGAGGACUUUCAGAAUGACUCUCAUGGCUCUAGUAAUGGGCUGGCGUCAGAUGUGCACGAGGAGAAAAACCAUAGCGAGAAGAGCAUCAGUAAUGAUAAAUCUGUGGAAGUUCUCCUCACUGCUCCUACAGGCAGAGCUGCUUCACUUCUGACUAAAAGAACUGGGUUUACUGCUUACACCAUGCACCAGGUUUUAUGGAGUUUUAUGACUGUGAAGAAGGAUCCGAGUGGGAAUCCACAGGACUGGAAGUUCUCAAAAGUCCGGGUGCUGGUGGUUGACGAGGGAAGCUUGGUGUCUGUUCAGAUCCUUCACUCCAUUCUCAGCAUGCUUACUAAACACGCACAACUCCAGAAGUUCAUCAUUUUGGGAGAUGUGCGGCAGUUGCCCAGCAUUGAGCCUGGAAACACACUGUAUGAUCUGUUUGAAGGUCUCAGAAGAGUCCGCUGGGCUAUUGAGAUGCGGACCAAUCAUCGAGCCGAGUCUGAGCUCAUCGUCAGAAAUGCUGGACUCAUCUCCGAGAUGGGUAAAAAGAAGUAUUACAAGCCUCUGGAGUUUGAUGCCACCAUAGACAUGACAAACCCCUCUGCAGUGCCAUCUGACAAAAGAUUCAUUUUUAUCAAAAUCAAUUCGGAAAAUGAUUCUUUUGACCUUCAGGACGCCAUCGUGUUCUUACUUAAGGAAGCUCCUGGACUGAAAGUUGAUAGAUCAUCACAGUUUGUGGCUUUUCGGAGGAAGGAUUGCGAGUUAAUCAAUGAGCUUUGCUGCAGACAUUAUUCAAACCACACCACAAAGACUGCCAAGAAAACAUUCAACUUUCAGGUAGGUGAUAAAGUCUGCUGCACCAAGAAUGGCUACGUUAUAGACAAGGAUGAGAAGAAAGAGACGCUCUUGGCUGACAUCAGAGCUUCACUUGAUAAUGCUGGAAGCCAAAGACAAAAUGAUCAGAGGAAAGAGCGACUGUGCAAUGGAGAAAUUUUCUUCAUUAAAGAUGAUAAGACUGAAUGUGAUGAGAAAGAAAGACAUAAAAUCCGUUACCUGACACUCGAUGAUGAAAGCGACCGUAUGGUGACUUGUAACUACAGAGAACUACAAAGAGAGUGUAAAUUGCGCCAUUCUUGGGCAAGAACCAUUCACACCUUUCAGGGUUCAGAAGCUGAAACAAUUGUAUACAUUCUUGGAGACAGCCCUGCCCAAAACUGGCAGCAUGUAUACACCGCAGUGACUCGUGGUCAGAAGCGUGUGUAUGUGGUGGGUACAGAGUAUGAUCUAGAAGGUACCAUCAGGAAAAGAAUCACCCCUCGUAACACACGACUAUGCGGCUUUGUCAACACAAAAGUUGGCCAACAAGGUGCUGAAGACCCUUUAACACCAUUUGCCUCCACAGAGACUCUCGUGAACCACAGUUUCGGGCCUUCACAAUCAACACCAGUGGCCUCGCAAACUCCAAUCUGCCCUCAGAAAUUCUGCAGCACACGACCUUCAUGCGCACGAAACCUCUACGCUGAUAAAAAUGGAGAAAGCAAUCAAACUUCCAAUAUCUCUUUGCAAGAUGACAUGGCAUUCAGUCAAGCCUACUCGUGGUCACCCAUGGACAGCUGCGAUGAGGCAGGCAGGGUGCAGAAUGAAAAUAUGGUUGAUUUAUCUAAUGUUGAUGAUGUUUUGUUGGCAACACUCAGCUCAUCCCCAAAUGAAAGCAGCAAGGGUUCAAAACGCCCGAUUCCUGAAGAUACCUACAGAACGCCAUCUAAACUACCAAAGCAAACUGCUUCAGAAGAGUCUCCAAUGGUCAGCUCAAGGCUGAAUCUUCUAUCCCUUUCGAGUCCUGACCUCAAAUCCAGCCGACAGCUCUUCCAAGACGAUUCAGAUUCUCAUAGGGGUCAGCCUUAGAAUGGUCAGUCUCUGACCCAACAUGCCAAAGCUGGAAAGAUAUUAAUCAGUGCAGUUUAUCUGGAAUUUUCCUAGGAUUUUGGGGGAAAAAUAAUUUACCUGUUUCACCCAUUGUUGCUUGCAUCUAAAAAAAAACACUAUAUUUUAUAAUAUAUUAUGGUUCUUUAUAAGAGCUAUGUGAGUUCUGUCUGUUACCUGCCAAAAUGAACGGAAGAAAUAUAGAACAAGAUUGAUAAAAAACUGAAAUUUAAAGUGCCAAUAUUUUAUAAAUAUUCAAGGAAAUUGUUAUAAACCAGAUUUGCAUUGGACGACAGCUGUUUUUUUAAAUAACAUCAUUUUAAAAACAGUUUUUUAAAUUCUUUAGAUAAAAACCUAAGGUGCAAAAGUGUUGUUUCGAUUUGUUUGUGUGUUAAUAUGUCACCAUAAUGCUUUCUAUUACGGUUGAAGCAAUGGUUUU